AUGAGACUCUUUGCCUUUGGCUCCAACGGAUCAGGCCAACUAGGCAUCGGCCACGAAGAAGACGUCUCCACACCAGUGCAAUGUCUCUUCGCGCAGCCAGAGCCAGCCCGAGAAUCCCAAAUAACCACCAUUCAAAACACCGCCCUGGCAGAUGAACCUGAGAUUACUACUAUCGUAGCAGGCGGAAAUCAUACCCUCCUCCUAACAGCCAGCGGCUCCAUCUACGCCGCCGGCUGCAAUGAAGACGGACGGUGCGGGCCGCACAGGGCAACUAAAGACUCAACCACGGCUGAAAACGAAGGAAACAUCCUGCGCUUUCGUCAAAUGAUUCUCUCAGAUGCAGUCUCCAACACAGAAGUAUCCAAGUUCAAACACGUCUCCGCGACGUGGGAGGGCACGAUUGCUGUAGCUUCUGUGCCAAGAAGCAGCAGCCAUAACGUCGGCCAAGGAAAAAAUCUCGAGACUGAAGACCGAGUCUUCGUAUCAGGUUCCUCGCCCAAAGGAGAACUGGGUCUAGGACCAGACACUCCCGUCUCUGCCCCGGGGACGUGUAUCCCGUCCUUUCCGCCACCGGAUUUGAGAAUCACAGCGCUGGCGAGUGGGAUGGCUCACUCGGUUGCUGUGCUCUCGAAUGGGGAUGUCUAUGGUUGGGGUGGGGCGCGGAAGGGUCAGCUCGGGAGCGAAAAUCGAGAGGCUAGGAUUGCUUAUUCUCCUGUUCGGAUUUGUGUGCCGUUUUUCGCGGAGGCUGUUGCUUGCGGGAGGGAGUUUACGGUUGUUUCGGGGCGUGGGCGGUUUGUUGUUCUUGGUGAUAAAGGGAAUCGCUGGGGGUUGUUGAGUGUGCCGGAAAGUUUAUCUUUGGCGGGUUAUGAUGGGCAUGGUUUACAGGAUGAUGAGCAAGGGUCUGGAGGUAUUAUUCGUCAUAGCUAUACUGGUAUUGCGGCUAGUUGGCAUGGGAUUUAUGUACAUGCUGCGUCUGGUCCGGGACGGGUGGAACCGUCGAUCUCGGAUGCACCGACAGACUCUGAUGCUGAUCUUGGUGGUUCUAUUGUUGCCUGGGGCCGCAAUGAUCGAGGUCAACUUCCACCGCCAGAUCUCCCGUCUGCUGCUAAACUCGCUGUUGGUAGUGAGCAUGUCCUUGCUCUCCUGGGAGAUGGUCGAGUAGCAGCGUUUGGAUGGGGCGAGCAUGGAAACUGUGGACCUGAUACAGAUUCCCAGGGGAAUGUGUCGGGUACAUAUAAUGUGAUUGCGCUUCCCGAAGCUGUGGGUGCUGACGCGAAGGUUGCCGGGGUUGGAGCGGGGUGUGCGACCAGCUGGUUGAUUGUGACAUGA